GAUCAUAUUGCGGCAUUUUUCUCCCCUGUGUACCAGAAGAGUGAAGGCACAGCUGUUGGCCGUGAAAGAGUGUCAUGCGUGAUGCUGGAAAGCAACAAUUUCUCAUUCACCACCUGAAUUAAUUACGUUAGUGGCCGAGGCUGAGGCGGUCAGCCAGCCGGGCAGAGCGGGUCUGAAUGGGUCUCUGUGUCUUUGAGGGGUGAGACAGGGGGGCGAGCUCUUCGUACCGCAGGGAGCGCGGCUGAAUCGCUUCAAUCAGGGAGCGCGCCUCCGUCGGAUCUCCUCUUCCUGCCGUCACACCCACCCGCGCUCGGUGUUGUAGAGGGUUUCACUCCGUGGGAGGAAAAAAAGGGGGAGGACCGACAGCUCAGCGCGGCGACAAGUGCUGCAGUACGAGCGCAGCGGGGGACUCGGAAGCGGAGAAAAUAUACACACGCAUACUCACGCCCACACACGUACACAUACCGGGUUUAUUCCUCCAAAACCUGGUCUAUGGAGAGAUCUGCUGCAGCGCCAUAGCGACGCAGGCCGACAUGGAGGAGUAUUUGCGGAGGGUCCAGAGCAGGCUCGGGGCAGGUGUGCCUGAGGGUCCCAUCCAUGCUGUCUUAGGUGGACCAGAGCCUGAUGUUGGCACUGUGGCUGCAACUCUGUGCUUAGCACUGCACCUCAGUCAGAAGCAACCCUCAGGUGGAGUGUGUGUACCCUUGCUGUGCAGGAAGCAGUGCAGCACUGAAUUGCCGGAAGAGACGGUCAGGUAUUUGCGCAGGGUGAAAAUUAGUGAAAGCGAGUUGUUAUGGAGGGAAGAAAUAGACCUAGUGAAUCUUCAUCACACUGGAAAGCUUUUGCUAACUCUGCUGAGAGAUGGCCUGCUGGAGAGCUCUGAGUACCACGCUGUGGAGUCCAGUGUCCUGCGAGUGGUCCAUCAGGACGGGCAGCGGGACGCAGCGGAUGAUGGGGGAAUGUCCGCCCUGACAACAGUCGCCAGAGAGAUUCUUCAAGACGCAGCGGAGCAGAGCAGAGCAGCGCUGGGGGAGCUUCUCGGAGAUGCCUUGGAGCUCCUCAGAGAAGCUUUGUGGAUCAAACAGGACUCUGGCCCAGAAGAACUGGAGGACCUUCUGAGAUCUUUGGAGGAGUGGGGUGAUAUCACUGUUGAUCAACCCGAUGAAGUGAAGCAACAAGAGUUAACGCAGCUGCUGAUGAUGGAGCUGAAGGAGUUCACAGACGGAGAGAUGACCCUCGCACUCACGUCCCUGACCACAGACCAGGAGGACUGGCAUAAUUACGUGGAUGACCUGAAAUUAUUCUGUCACCAGAAUGGCUUUGACGUUCUGGUGGCAGUCUUGUCCAUCAGUGAUACAGUUCAUCAUCCUCGCCAGCAGGUGGCUGUCUACUCAAACAACACAGAUAUCCUAAACCAGAUCUGCGCUGAGCUAGAGGAGUCCUCCAGCUGGUCUUUUUCUGGUGAAACAGAAGAAAGGGAAAAUCUCCAGGUCUACCACAUUCCAAUAAACACAUCCAGUCCUUCUGGUACUCUUCCUCUGCUGCUGGAAGACAUCCAGAGCAUCCUGAAGGACUUUGUGAACCGGCGAAACUCUGUAUUGGGCUGCCACCCCAGCAGCAGGACUUCCUCAACAGAGGGAGUAGCAGGCAGCGUGGAGUUUUCCCAGGGAUCAUCUGGCAUCAACGACAUGGACGGAUCUGACACAGAGAGGGCAGAUGGCAACGGAGAUGUGGCAACAGAAGCAAGGGUGAUUGCAGAGGGUGAAGAGGAGAUGGGAGCUGUGGGAGUCGGUGUUAGUGGUGAGCUUUUGAGCCCUGACAGCGGUAUGACCACCAUCCGCAGCAGCCGCUCCUCCAAGGAGAGCUCUGUGUUCCUCAGUGACGACAGUCCAGCAGGUGAAGGUCCGGCUGGCGGACCAGGACUGCUUCUUCUGAGGAACCCUUCUCCUCUGGGAUUUUCAUCUCUCUCCCCUCCUGUCCCACCUGAGAGGAGGAAGCACCGCUCCAGCAAAAAUAAGAAAGACAAUUUCAAUUUAUUUAGCUUUGACCCACUUCAUAGCAGGGACCAGCCACUACCAGUUGAAGGAGAACUGGUGGAUUCUCUAGAAGGAGUUGAUGAAGUGGAAAGAAGAGCUGGAAGCUCUAGCUUAUCAGAGCUUGAUGAGAUGAGCUUGAUUGAUUUCUCUGCUCCAAACUCUAUAGGAGGGCUAGAAAGUAGAAAUUCCUCAAUUGAUCACCACGGUCAGAUCUACGGGAAUGAGAUGAUGGACACAAUGGUUCCUCCAACUCCCGUGAACAGCCUGGUAGGUAGCCGCCCACCCAGCAGUUGUGGUGUCAGGUUUUUCCCAGAAGAUGUUGUCGAGAGGAUCAAUGGCCUACAGCACAAAGACAGUGUAUCAUCAUCCCUAUCAGAGACUUGGGAUGACCUGAGCAGUGAGACACAAGGAGCAGCUUUCUCCAGUGACAUUAGUGCAUUAAAUAAGGUCAGCAGCUCAGGCAGUCCUCAGAAUGUUUUAAAUGAAGUAAAAGACUCAAUGGGUGAUGCAACAGAAAGAGAUAUUGUAGACCAAAUAUCAAAGCCAGUUGCUGCUUGUCAGAGGGCAAAGACUCUUGAACCUCAGCUUAGUUUGAUCACUGAGCAGACUGAAACAUGUGAAAAAUGGAACCCAGACUAUGUACUUAGGGAUCAGUGGGACCCUGCGACCUUGACUGAUCUUCAGUUAACGCCACCUGAAGAUGGUGUGUUUUUAAAACCCAAAACUACUGCAAAAAAACAUGUAACACCUUCUGUAUUGAAAAAGAAACUCACCCUAGACACUUUAACACCAGAAACUUCUAAAGAAGAGGAUGAAGGUAAAAGACCAGGCCAACAAAUGGAGCUCCUAGACUUUUGGACGUACUCAGCCCAAAAGGGAUUUCUGAAAUCCGAUAGCGGAACGACCACCUCCUACCCUGAAUCUCUAGAUAUGUGGAAUAUGACGAUUAGGGACGACAGUCUCUCACCUCUGACUACCCCAGACAAUUUGUCUGAAAAUGCAGGAUCCUUUAGCGGGCUGAACACUGUUAUGGGGAAAGAUGCAUCACUGGAAAGUCCACUGGGAUAUUCUAAUGGUGGUAUGGCGAUGUGGAACACCACCAUUCAGGAAGAAAGCUCCUCCACAACAACAACCCCCGAAGGACCUGAACAUGAAAAAGAUCUGGCAUGUGUCGGAUUGUUGGUAGCUAAUUCUUCUCCUGAGACCGAGGAAAGAGGGCACCUUCAGUCACCUGAAGAUGAUGACUGGAGAGGUGUUGAGCACAAUGUGAAAAUAGUCAUAGAAACAGCCGACAGUGGAUCACAGGGGGAGGAAAUGACCAACAAUGACAUGCAAAGUGUUCAGAGAGAGCUUUUAGAGACUGCAAUUGGGAACUUGGGUUCUGCACAAUCAGAUGUUGAAUCUUCACCUCACAUAAGCACUGACUUAUGGGAAUUACCUGUUCAUGGCAUGGUCACAUCCACCUCUGAAUACGACAACAUCGGAGCUGGGGGAUGGAGCCGUGCAUCCUCCCCUGACAACUCUGCCAGCCCUGUAGUGGACCUGAUACAUCUAGAGGAUCAAUCUAGCCCUUUUAUAGCAGUACCCAGACUUUUUCAGAAUCAGAGAACUGAUCCUCUGGGAGAAACACAGGCAGAUCUAGACAGAGAUCAGACAGAAAACCAAAUGUUUGUAUUUGACAAAGAGUUUGAUAAUCUUACAGGUAGCACAGAAGGUCCAGUUGAGAGUAAGUCCAAAAACACUGAUUGGAUGGAACAAUCCAGUGAGCAUUCUCCAUUUGUUUUAGUAGAUCAGUCUACUGUCACUCUGCUCGUUUCAGAAAGUCCUAGAGAAGAUGCUAAAACCCAAGUUCAGACUCCCCAGUCACUAUCUCUAAGCCAGUUUGAUGGAGACGGCCAUCUAUCAAAGAGACAUGAUGGAUCAGACUCAACCUCAUCAUUAGAUCUGACCAUCAAAAUGGCCAACAAUGUACAGGAGGGGUCCCCAGCUGAAAAACAAGAGCUGGACCAAAAAGAAAACAAAAUAGCAGAAGAAAUAUCUUUGAGCUGUUCUCCAAUGGACGAAAGAGAAGCACAAAGUAACCCUAGCAGUUUUCACUCAGGUCAUCAGAAUAACCAUGAGACUAGUUCUGAUGGAGACUCAUUCUCAACCUUAGAAAUGGAGUACAUUGUCAUGCCUGGAGCAGUAAAGGAAACUAACAGGGAGUCUGCAAAUGAGAUUACACAGGAAGACAAGCAAUCUAAAGUAAAACGGAGCCCCAUGGAGACAUUCAGCAUGCUCUCCUAUGCUGCCACUGCACUGAGAUCCCACACCAAAUCUGCACCUGAUGAACACCUGGAGAAUACUCAGCAAAGCAGUCGACAACAGACCAGAGGAGCUGAAAGCAAAUCCGUGUCAUCUGAGUCAACCGAUCCUUACCAAUCCAGCCUUGAUUAUAAUCCUGACCAUCACAUCCUGCCAGGAAAGUCCACCUCUGACCAGUCAAAAAAGAUCUCUGAAACUUUCCACCAAUCAAAUUUUGGACAAACAGAGGAAUCGAACUCUGAAAAUGAGUCUGGGUUAGCUGCCAGAAGUGUCUCUCCUUCCCUAAGAUAUCCGUCUGAUCAUUUCCUGAAGACCAGAGAGGAAGUCUAUGUCCAUUCACAGAUCUCAAUGGAGGAUUCUGAUGAAGGUGGGCAUUCACCACCAGCUCCUCCGCCAAGCACUGCUUCUUUGGCUGACUUUAAACUCUGGGGAGGCCAGUUAGUCGGUCAGGACGUACCUCAAUCAACAUCUGAAGCCCAGUCCCCGGCACUCACUAACAGUUCAGUCUCUCAAAACAGCUCUCUGGUAAAUUCCCCGGUAAAUGAGCUGUGUUUUUCCACUGAAAAAGGACUUGACUUACCAUUUUCUGGAGAUUUAAUGGAAGAGGAACAUGAAGAUGAUGACACAGAGUCCACUGCCCUGCCAAAAUGUAGCUCAGAGGAACCACAUGAAAGAAAAGAAAGAGAAGGGUUUGAACCUCCUGACCUCUUGAGUUUUACUGAGGCCCUUAUUGAAGCUCCCAUGUUUAAACAAACAAAUUUAGAAACUAUUGAACAAAAGAAUGAUGGGUUUCUACUUAACACAGAGGCCUACUAUGAUUCACAAUUUAUAAGGAUGGAGGAGCAACAAAUUGAAGAUCAUGAAGCUUCUGGAGACAUCGAUUCACCUGUUUUAAGAAGACACCAAGACAGAACGUGUCAGCCAUCAUCUCAGCCGAUUAAUGAAAAUGCUGCAUCUGAUCUGAACACAAGUCUUGUUCAAAACAAGUAUGGGUACAACUACCACCACAUCGACCAAAGAACUGAAAACCAGCAUGUUCACCCACCCUGCGCGAUAACCAAGCCGGAAAGGCCUCCGAGCACCUCAGAUGUUUACGCUGAGUUCACAACCGAUGCACAGGCCGAGUAUUUCAGAACGGAGCAAAUCGAGAACCAAACUGGAGCCAGCGCCCAUCAAAGCCUGCAUUUUAAAUGUCAUUACAUCACUGACAACACGUAUGUGGAAGAACCCACGAGCAGCUCCGAACUCCAGGACUUUCAAUAUGAAGCUGGUGGAAACCACUCGACAGAAGAUCGUGCUCGAUAUGUAUCACAAGGAUAUGUUCACUUUCGUCUGUCAAGAAACUCCCAUCAGGGAGAAGGUGAAGCAGCUACGAUGAUGAAGAUGGACUCCAGUGAAGAAGUAGCUCAGAAGCUGGAAGACAGAGAAGAUCCCUCCUCUUCAGCAGACACUUCAGCUGGAUCAAACCACAGGAGGAAGCUGUCGGCUCCGCCAAUAAACCCAUCACUGGAACGCAGUGAAGGGUCUCUUCGUUCAGAAGAUGCUCUGGACACGGAUGAUGAUGCCUUGGACACUGGAGACGAUCUGGAUGCCAGCAUAGAUGGGAUAGACACACCUGAUGAGGCAGACUCACUCAAAAUGAAUGUCCAGGAUCCCUCCUCUUCAGCAGACACUUCAGCUGGAUCAAACCACAGGAGGAAGCUGUCGGCUCCGCCAAUAAACCCAUCACUGGAACGCAGUGAAGGGUCUCUUCUUUCAGAAGAUGCUCUGGACACAGAUGAUGAUGCCUUGGACACUGGAGACGAUCUGGAUGCCAGCAUAGAUGGGAUAGACACACCUGAUGAGGCAGACUCACUCAAAAUGAAUGUCCAGGAGUCAAAAGAGGCUGGUUUGGGUGCAGGAGCAGCAUCAGGUGAUGCCGCAGCAGAGCGUCGAGGAGAGGAAAAGGGAGACGACCGGCUGUGGAGGAGUGUGAUGAUUGGAGAGCAGGAGCAUCGCAUUGAUAUGAAAUGCAUUCAACCAUACAAGAAAGUCAUUUCCCAUGGAGGUUACUAUGCUGAAAAGAAUGCCAUCAUUGUGUUUGCAGCUUGUUUCCUGCCAGACAGUGACUGUGAAAAUUAUAACUAUGUCAUGGAAAACCUUUUUCUCUAUGUAAUAAGUACAUUAGAGCUAAUGGUGGCAGAGGAUUACAUGAUUGUGUACCUGAAUGGAGCCACUCCUCGCAGAAGAAUGCCGGGUUUCACCUGGAUGAAAAGGUGCUAUCAGAUGAUAGACCGAAGACUGAAGAAAAACCUAAAGAUGUUCAUCAUUGUCCAUCCCUCCUGGUUUAUUCGAACUCUGCUGGGACUCACCAGGCCCUUCAUAAGCUCAAAGUUCAGCAGUAAGAUCAAGUAUGUUCACAGCCUGCAGGAGCUCGGAGAAAUAAUCCCAAUGGAGUACGUCCACAUUCCUCCCAGCAUCAUAAAAGUGGACAAAGGGAAAUCAGCUGUUUGAGAAGACACUUGGAUGCUGCCUCGUUUCUCCCUGUAUUUUGCUGUACUGUCUGCCACAGCAUGUCCGAGUAUGAAAGCUUGCAGCAUGAUUAGUGCGGCACAUAGUUGUUGCCUUGCAACUAUUGGUGAAUCGGAGGGGAUGGAGCCAUAAAGCUAACAUGGUAUAAUCACGUCGUCUUUGUGGAGAGUUUCUGAUUAAAGGGUUCGAAGAUGGUGGAGACUGUCACUGUGCUGAAAGGGAGGAAAGCUUUGUCCCAUUUUCACAUCACUUAGCUAAGUUCCCUAUCUCUUCCUGUGUUUAUUUAAAUAUAAUUAACACAUUUACAGCUAUUCUUCAUUGUAUAUUAAAAGGUAUUUAUACUAUUGUGUAUUUUCUGAAGUCACAGCUGCAAUUUGAACUCAACGUUAGCAGAAAGCCUCUGCUCUCCCUCUACCGUCAGGGUAUUGUGCCGUGUUAGAUCUCUAAGAAGUCUCUGUUUAACUGUUAAACAGAGACUAGCUGUUUUAUCUGUUUAGACUACAGUCUCAGUCGAUGGGCUUUUGAAAAAACAAUAAAUUGGCCUUAAAUAUUAGGACUAUUUUAUAAGCAGUGGGACCUGCACUUGCAUGAUGUUGAUAGGUGGAGGUGGUUGACCCCAUCAAAGAGAAGGAUGUUUUGUUGAGUAAGAAGCUGUGAUUUUUUUUUCUGUGUGCAGACUUGUAAGUCAACACUUGAUUUGUUUAUUAAUAACAUGAGCUGUUCUUUCCUCCCGCUACACUGUGUCACUGUGAAAACAUCCAUAUGGUCAGCAGAAUUUAAUCACUGUAGUGAAAUUAAAAGGUUGUCAGAGAAAAACAAUUGGAGUGGAGUUUUCCCAUGUUCCAAAUGUGUUCCAUGUUUUCUAUCAGCUGUUUGUAACGAUCCACUUAAUGGUGAAACCAAAGGGAACAUGGCUUUAUGACUGGCUUCAUUAUGAUGAAUGUGAGGUGUAAUCGAAGUUCACCCUUUGUGUAAGAUGAAUCAUUGGGUGACAAACUUAAGUACUUUAUGUUCCUUCAUGCAAAGAUAACAGCCACGGUGGAGACUCGGUAAUGUAUGCUUUUACUCAUAAAUGUUAAUAUGUAACUGGCAUAUGUGGUGGGAAAAUAAUUAUUAGUUAACAUCUGCUGAUCUUGUUAUAUUAAAUGCUUGUGAACUCUCACCAAAAGAACCGGUUUAGGCUACACAAAGGUUGGAAGUGGUUUUCCUACAGCUACAUGGGAGCCAGACUGUUUCCCUUAUUCCUGGUAUAAAACUCAAGCGUUGACUCUGCCUGACAGAGCUUUUCAUUCGGAAUCUUUUCAUUAUUGAUUGUCUUACAAGCUCUCUGUACAAUACAAUAUACAAAUAAACCUGACAGUGAUUGGAAAUUAUUUUUUUUCCACAGCACAUAAUAUUUAUUUGUUGUAGAGAUCAGAAAAUUGUGCACUUCAUUAAAUACAGUUUCCUCCCGACCAUUA